UGUCAUUUGUCCCGUCAGCAGGUCUCCUCCUCCUCCUCCUCCUCCUCCACUUCUCUCCUGUCCUUCUCUCUUCUUCACCUCCUCUCCUUCACUUCACCGGUCCUGCUAACUGAUGAUGGAGAGUUCGGUGAAAGCAGCUGAGGUGUUGGUGCCCCCCCAGCCCAACAAAUCGUCCUCCGCCCUGGAACCUCAGAGCUCUGAGGCGGUGGAGGUGGCGGCUGCAGCCUCCUCCGACGUCUUUGACCCCAUGAAGGAGUUCAGCCGACGUCUGGAGGACAUCAUCAGGACCUACGGGUCUGCGUCCAGUCUCCUGGACAAACAGGGUGUUGUAGAGGCCGAUGUGGAAAAGAUCAAGGAGGAGGCAAAAGGUGACAUCACAGUUGCCAUGGACACAGAGGUCUCUCUCAUCAUGCAAAGCCUGAGCAAGCUCUCAUCCCCAGAGGAAAAACUGGACGAUCUUGUCAAGAAGUAUGCUGAACUGGCGGCGAUGCGACGCUGUGAUGCACAGAAGCUCUGUGCUCUGCAGCAGAAGAUGUCCAUCCUGCUGGAGGAACGGCAGCAGCUUCAGGCCGAGCGUCGCAGCGGAGUCGCAGCUCGUGGUGAACUGGAGAGUCUGUGCAGAGACCUGCAGUCACACUACAACAUGCUGAGGGAGGAGACUCUUCAGCGCUGCAGGGAGGACGAGGAGAAGAGGAGGGAGAUCACCAGCCACUUUCAGGACAUGUUGAAUGAGAUCCAGAUUCAGAUUGAGCAGCACAGCACCCGAAACGACAAACUGUGCCACGAAAACAGCAGCCUGACCGACAAACUGGAGAGCCUCAUGAGCCAGUGUGAGAAGAGGGAGGAGAGUUUGGAGAAAAUCAACAAACAUCGCGACCUCCAGAACAAACUGACCGAAGCCAAACUGCAGCAGGCCAACGCUCUGCUGGCUGAGGCAGAGGAGAAACACAAGAGAGAGAAGGAAUAUUUGCUUAGGGAGGCUAUUGACAAAACAAAGAAAUGCUUCGCUAUGAAGGAGCAGGAGCUGGCCAUGAAGAAGAAGCUGGCCCUCUACGCUCAAAAGUUUGAUGAGUUUCAGGCAACACUGGCCAAAAGCAAUGAAAUCUACGUCCGAUUCAAGAAGGAGAUGGAUAACAUGUCCGACAAAAUGAAGAAGAUGGAGAAAGAGUCUAAUCUGUGGAAGACGAGGUUUGAGAACUGCAACAAGGCUCUGACUGACAUGAUUCAGGAGAGAACAGAGAAAAGCAAAGAGUACGACUUGUUUGUCCUGAAAAUUCAGAAGCUGGAGAAGCUGUGCCGCGCCCUGCAGGAAGAGAGGAAAAUCCUUUAUGACAAAAUCAAAGACGUCCGUCGCUCUAACACCGAGAUCCCGUUCAAGGUCUUUGGCAGCUCUAAAGUUGACACCAACCCUGAGCCUAAGGAUGCUGGUCAGCCUGCCCUCCUGACCUCUGAGGAGGUCCUGGAGAUCGAGGAGAAGGACCCGGUCCUGACGGAGGACAUGGCCCGUCUGAAGGAGGAGCAGGCCAAGCUGCAGGAGUUUGCCGCCUCCCUGUUGGCCACACCCAAUGACCACGAAGAGGAGGAGAGUAAAGAGGAAGACCCUGAAGAGGAUAUGGUUGCUUCAGCAUUUGUCCACUUCAAAACCAAAACUCAGGUCAAAGAGGAUCUGGUUCCAGUCCCUGAGCUGGUGGAAGAGGUGAAAGUUGAGCAGGUUCAGAAUACAGACGUGCUCACAUCGGAAGCUCCAACACCUGAGGAGAAGACAACUCCACAACUAGAAGAGGCCAAGGUACAGACACAAGCUGGAGAGGUUGGAGAGGUGCAACAAGUGAAACCUGAUGAGAAGAUCGAGCCUGUUGUAUCAGCCCCAGAGAUCCUGGAGGAGGUCCCAGUGGAGAAGGAGAGUGAGAAGCAACAUCCAGCUGAACAAGAACCUUCAGGGUCUGCUCCACCUUCUGACAGCACACCUAAAACAGAUGCUUCCUCCGAUGCUGACUCCAAGAAGCAAGCACCAAAGAAAAAGAAGAAGAGGAACAGCAAGAGUGAAAGCUAAACUUUAGGAUGUGCAGAAAGUGUGUGUGUGGUGUUACUAGAGCAGUGUGUGUGUGUGUGUGUUCAUAACUGAAACCAUACUGUGCCUUUGUGACUUCCUUUUGUAAAAGUUAAACUGAAGUGUUCUCAUCCCUUUCUAACGAUUCAGGGUCACCAGACGAGGACAAACAAAAUAAUAAUAAUUUAAAAGAAUUAAAAGUCAAAGAUUUAUUUUGGACUGACGCAGAGAAUUAAAGGGCUUAUUGACCGAGAAGAGGUCUGAGUCAAAGUCACUGGUUGGUAUCCAUGCCAGAAAAAAAAUAAAAUCAUAUCAUGCAUUGGGACAUCUCCAAUAAAGUGAUUUCUUUAA